AUGGAUCGAAUGAGCACGCUUCCAACAAUCAAGUGCUCGUCGUGUGCCGUCGACAUUGAUAUCCUCCAUCUGGCCGACCAUGUCUGCGCUGCAGUCCCGGCGCCCGCAGCGCCAGUGCCUGAGCCCAUGUCUCCUACCUCGACAGUCGUCACAGACUCUCCUCAAUCUCUUCUUUCUCCAAAAAUCAACCGCGCAGCAACCUUUGGUGGCCCAACAUUCAGCAAUCGAUCUGACCGGCCAGCGCCCUCUGGCCGCAUGCCUCCCCCUGCCCGCAUUGAUUCCAACGCAGCGAACAAGCCAUUCAGGCCAUUAGAGCCUUCACCCAUCAGUGACUACAGCAACCCUCCAAGUCGCUCUCCAGGACUGGCACCACCAAAGUCUCCUUACAAAAUGAAUCGCAGUGUAACAUCACCGGUAGACCAAUCAAGGGCACCUCGCUCGCCAGGCCUCAGUUCGAAUCUAGACUGUGCGUUUCCGCCAUUUCGUCCCAAGACACCAACAAGCGCCAAACCUCAACCACGAGAACGUCUGGAUCCCUACCAAAACUACGCCCAACCAAGCCCGUUAUUUGCACCACUUAGCCCACGCUUUGAUGGCGGGGAAAAUAUCACCAAGCGUAUGAACACUAUUGCACCAGGACCGUUUGAUGGAAAGAACGAUCGAAGGCCAACUAGAACAAGCGCAUCGAGCCAAGCCGUAGAUGCAUCUACAGGCGGCCACCAGAGGACAGGCACACAAGGCAGCAUCUCAAGCAACAGGAGCUUUCCUCAAGUACGGUCCUCUGUAACGUCGAAUACUUCGCGCAGCUCUGGAUUUUCUAACCGCAGCGUUGGCCUCCCUUCCCACCCAAAGCUACGCGUUGGAAACAUAGAGGCUCUGCCCCCGCACCCACAGGCUGACGAGCAGACUGAAGGCAUCGAUGCUUUCCUGGACCGCUUGCAAAAGGAAUCUUCGCGCUCUUCUCAGCCAGUUCCGCCAGCUCAGGAGAACAUCACGGCAGAGCCGGUGCGACAGAACAGCCGAGGCAAGAGAGAACCACCACCACGGCCAAGAAGGCCCUCAGAAAGAGAUUUGCCGCCGAUGGAUAUGAGCGACUUGGAUACAUCCGAUUUUUUCCCUCCAGCUAACAUGUUUCCUUCACCGGGCCCAAGCCGUAACGGUUCUGUGAGCGACAUGCCGCGAGGCCUUGCACCAUCUCGCUCCUUACGUCCUCCGCCACUGGCUGCCGCAGGGCCCAGUGAUGGACAAUUAAACUCGCUUCACACGCCUUCAGACUCUGGCUUCUCUGAUGAUUCCUAUGGCAGCUCUGGUAUCCGAAGCACGGCCAGUUCAAGAUCAAGCCCGCCAGAAUCGGAAGCUGCACACUCACGCCAAGCUUCCAAAAUAGGCCGCCCAGACUAUGCUGCCGAAGAAAAUUCCAGGAGAAGUCCAAGCCCUAACGGAUUAGGAUCAUACCCGCGAGCGCUAUCUCCAGGCCCUCGCCAGCCCAUGUUCCCACCAGGCAUCAACAUGCAGUAUCCAGAGUCUCCCAUAGAUCCUGCUGUACAAAUGGGUGCACGAACCCCACUAGGCAUGUUCCCCAAGGACCCAAUGACUCAGGACUACAGCCGAAGCCCACUUAGGAGUAUGGCUGAGCCUGAGGUGCGCCAGCAAGAUGCGCAGCGGCCCAAACCUGCUAGCAAGGGCAACUGUCGUGGAUGCUCUGAGCCCAUUGUUGGAAAGUCUGUCAAAGAUUCAUCGGGUCGUCUCACUGGGCGGUAUCACAAGCACUGCUUUGUUUGCAGAGAAUGCGCGGAUCCUUUCCCCACGGCCGAGUUCUACGUCUUCAACAACUCACCGUACUGCGAGCGUCAUUACCAUAAGCUCAAUGGAUCACUGUGCAACACCUGCAACCGCGGUAUCGAGGGCCAGUACCUCGAAACAGACACGCGACAAAAAUUCCACCCUAGAUGCUUUGCAUGCUUCACUUGCCGUCUCAUUCUGCGGGACGGUUAUUUUGAAGUUGCUGGGCGAAGGUAUUGCGAGCGACAUGCCCAGAGCGCCGCGGCUCCGCCGAGAAACCACCUCGGACCUGGAAAUUACAGACCACGAAACCUACAGAAACGUGGAACGAGACUCAUGAUGAUGGCGUAA